AUGCCUGGUGCCUGGGUUAUCUCCCUGGAGUUCCUGGCGUCGCAGCUGCCAACUACACUGGACAUUUUUCUGCCUGCAAAGAUCAUGUUGGCGAAAUACGACGUGGUGCUGGAGGAGUGGCUGUACUCGUACCCAAUAUCACACGUGCUGAGCGGGAUCAGCUACGCCAAGAUGAAUCCCAUCAUCACGCCAAAGACCCUGAUUGACGGUCGCAUCCAGUUGAUCACGAUCGUCCACUCCUCUGCUGAUCGCGAGAUCCGCAUCAUGAAUGUGCACAACUAUGACCUUGAUAGCGACCAGAAGCGACAACUUCGCCAGGAAUGGGAGAUCCACUCGGCUUGGGCACUUUCGGACCCCCUACGAUACACCUUCAUCGCGAUGGGUGACUUCAACUUCUCGGAUGUCCCUGCCCAGUCGUACCUGGUGCCGCAGGGGCCCCAACGACGCCAAACUCAAGAUGGACGUUAUCAGCAGAACCAGAACUUCUGGCGCCAGCUUGUGCGCACGAACGUGGUCGAGAUCAGCUCAGAGAUCCCCACCUUUUUCUCCCAGCAGUACCAGACGGGCACCACUAUAGACAGAGUGUUCAUCGCGAUGCCGCCCGCGUUCCUCACGUGCCUGCACUGCGAGCUCAACGUCACACAAGACUCAGCGGCGCUCUCGGACAGAAAGCUCAGUGAUCACGCCAUGCUCAAGCUCACGAUUGAAAAUCGCAAAGCACCUGAGCGUAGUCAACGACCCAUCCCAGACUUCAUCUUCCGCUCCAAACAGUACAAGAAGCUACUGAAGAAGAUGCUGAAUGAAGCCGAGCUCGACACGAUGACCGACCUGCGGCGCUUCGAUGUCACAAAGCAGAUCAUGCUGAUGGCGGCUGAGCUCGCGCGCAACGAGUUGCAGCAGCUCCCGCUGGGCACAGGCGACGUGAACGCGCUGGAGAGUAGCAUCUGGCCGCUGCUCGUGCUGCCCGUGCUCAGGAUCAACCCUCACUGGAGGAACAAUGCCGCAUUCAACGUGCGCUGCAGCGCCGCGCCGCGCUGUGGAUACCUCGCGGCCAUUCAGGGCAUGUACAACAAUGCGCUCGCAUUCACCCGCAUCCGUGACGAGCUUGAGCCGCGAUGCAUCCAUAAGCUCCUCAAGCUGCCUCCGAGCUCGCUCACGGGACCAGAUUUGUGGUCUCUCCGCGCAUGGGCACCUGGAGCGGCGCCUCAGUCGAUCGCAGCGUACGCGGCCGCGGUGAGCUGGCGUACGGCCCGCAGCACCAUCCCAUCAUAUCACACCUGGAGGACGGAGCUCGAGGAGGCCUCCUGGCAGGGAAACACACUCACCCGCCACGUCCGAGACCUCUGGAGCCCGCCGUUCUGGCGCGACCAGCGCGCUGUAGUUCAAUUCCUGCACGAGCGCGUGCACUCAAUCGCGCUCCCGAAGGUCCCCUCCGCCCCUCAACGUGUUGCCGCUGCCGAGGCUGAGCAAGCAGCCGCAAUUGCUGAGACGCUGCAAAAGCGCCCGAAGCUGCAGGGGGUGUACACUCGUUCCCUCACCCGUGAAUUGUACCCCGAUCGCCUGCACCUGACGCUGCAGAAGCGCGUGCAGGCGAUCGCGCCGGGCUGCGGCCCGUUGGUUCUGCCAAGGGCCCCGAUGGGAAGAUCGAGCUUCCUUGGCGCCCGCGUGCCACUGAAGGCGCGCCUGCCGGCCCCCGACGUGGGUCUAACCUCAGGCGAGCACAUUGCCGCGCAGAUUUCUGCGCUUCCCUUCCUUUGUUGCUACGAGCGCGACAGGCAGCAGAGCUACUGGGAGCGCAUCAUUCGUCGCAGAGAGGUUUGGUGGAUUCCAUGGGCUCGCGAGAUGGGUCCCGAGGAGCCGCGGCACGAGCUGCAGGAACAUCGGGCGCACCCCGCUAUACUUUAUGGCGUCCUAGUGAACAUGCAGCGGCGCCGUGGCGAACGUCAGCCACGCCAGCAGCGCAUGGAGACCCCGCUGCUGCAGCAGGACGAGAGCAGAAUCGAGGCCGAGGUGCCCGUGUUCGACAAGUCAGUUUCGAAGGCGAUCGACGUGUGCCUACUGUCAGUGCCCUGGAGCUGCAGCAGCUCAUCGGUUUCUUGGAGAAAGCAGGAGAUGUGGAAGGAGCUGCUAAGUAUCGAGCGCAACUCCAGUGUAUGCAAUCUGAGCAGGUGGCACCUCCAGCACAAGAGCGAGCAUCAAAGGUUCAUGCACGUAUUCAACGGUUGGAAGCCACACUCACUGAAGAGCUUGACAAGCUGGAGCGGCUGGAGAGACAAGCUGAGCAGCAGAGAAAUGUCGUUCGAGAAGUUCAUCAAGAUUUCAAUUGACAAAGUGGUCGACGGCACGGCAGCAGCGACGGACUUGUUCGACAUUGGCAGCCUGUUCAAGGACGUCAGUGACUAUGAGCUCACUCCUGAGGACUCUGCGCAGCUCGAACGUCGCAAAGUGGCGCUCAACGCUCAAGUUCAAGGCAUCACCAAAGAGUUGUUCCAGAAAGAAGCUGCGCCCAGGGGGGAGCUCUCGCAGGUAAGGUUUCACAUGCUCAUGGGAGCUGGAGGCUCCCAGGAGGAGGCCGACGCGUCUGUGGCGAUGCUGCAGGAGCUCACUCUUGAAUCCAAAGACAGGCUGCAUUGGCCCAGCGUUUCCAUUUUCAACGUUGUCGACGAUUUGGCCUUCUUCGGCUCAGCCACGUCUGACAAGCUCGGAGGUCUGGUGGGCUCUGCCACCAGGUACGUGCGCACGCAGUUGGAGAGGUCUAACUUUCCAGGCUUCGGAAGCUUCGUCCUCGUGUUCAGCGCUAUCGUGGACUUCGAAGUUAGUUCCGAGGUGCUGCUGAAGUCGUUCGUGUCGGAGCUCUGCCUGCUGCUAUGUCCCUGCCUCACGCCGCUUGUUGAGCAUUUGAAGGAGCUGCGCACGCUGGGGAAAGAUGGCGUCCUCGACUCGGGCUUCGUCUGCUUAGAUGGCUCGGCCGUCGACCCAGAGUUGCUCAGCUUCACGAGGGCAGGAUACGGUGUGGUCGCAGCCGACCUGGGGGGCAACACCGAGGGCUCACUCUACGGCCCCUUGCCGCACCCGCUGCAGAUGGCGGGCUGUGGAGAGGUCUACGCGCUGCUCGUGGCUGCGCGGGAGCUGGCGAAGGCGCUGGAGUCGAGCGCGACCGUGAGGCUGCUCGAGAUGGAGGGCAGCGGCAUCCAGGACGACGGGGCCGCGGCGCUCGCGACGGUGCUCGGGGCGAAGAGCGUGCUCAAGGUGCUGGACCUGGCGGAGAACGGCAUCGGCGACAGGGGGGCCUGCAGGCUGGCGGAGGGCCUCGAGAAGAGCGCGUGCCUGGAGCGGCUCGGCCUCGCCGCCAACCAGGUCCAGAGCAGCGGGGGGGUGAGGCUCGCGGAGGCCGUCCGGCAGAGCCGGAGCAUCCGUCAGAUUUCGCUCGCGGGCAACCAGGUGGACCACAGGGGCGCGAAAGCCUUCGCCGAGGCGCUGACAAUGAACCGCUCGCUGAAGAUCCUGAGCAUGGCCGGGAACGCCGUCUCGAACGCUGGCGCGUCCGCCUUCGCGAGGGCGCUGGCGGUGCCAGGCUCGGCGCUGGCGGAGCUGGACCUGAGCAGGAACGACAUCACCGACAAGGGGGCCGCGGACUUGGCCGACAUGUUGAAGGUGAACACCGUGCUGAAGGAGCUCCAGCUCGACGGCAACUACAUCGGGGACGAGGGCGGUUGGGCGCUCGCCGAUGCCCUGGAAGUCAACACGGGGCUCCAGGCACUGUGGCUUGUGAAGAAUCCGCUGGGGAGCCACGCAAGGGACCGCCUCUCAAAGGUCCUCCAGACGAGCACCACGAUCAAGCGGCUCGGAAUGACCGCCCACGUGCGACCAGAGCUCUUGAGGGACAUGGAGGCGACACUGCAGAAGCGCUCGCAGGCGGCAGGCGAGGCAGGGGCCGCCUCCGCGGCGGCGGUCGGCGGGCGCAAGGCCGCGCGCUGUGCGGGGGUGACGCUGGAGCAGCUGGAGGGGGAGGAGAGCCACGUCGACUUCGUGAACCUCGACGCUGCCGCCAUACGGGCGGCGCUGGUGAGGGACGUGCAGGACGACCAGCUGCUGUACCUGGACAUGGCGGAGGACCAGCCGCCGCCCUCGUCGCCGCCGGGCGGGCGCCCGCCGCUCCUGCGGCCGAGGGUGACGCCCAGCGCGCCAGCGGCUGCCAUCGUUAUUUGAGAGGGUAGGGCUCCCCCGCCUCCUCCUCCUCCUGCUCCUCCUCCUCCUCCUCCUGCUCCUCCUCCUCCUCCCCUCC